GCCAUGUAGUUUUAACAAAUACCCAGUCUCCUCUUUCAUUCCCCUGCAACUCACCACUCUGUACCACUCCACCCAUUUUAUUCAUUAAACUCCAUCUUCAACCUCAUUCUCUCUCCAAUCUCCAAUGGGUUCCCUCAACCCCCUCCUUUCUCUCUCCACUCUCCUCCUCCUAUGUCUCCUUCUCUCCCCCGCCGCCGGCGAUGAUGCCGCUAUCAUCCAGAAGCUCGCCGCCGCAAUCUCUCCGACCCCGUCCGGCUGGUCCACCAACACCCCGUUCUGCGACUGGAAGGAAAUCCGCUGCGACUCCUCCAACCGAGUUACCUCCAUUAACUUAGCCUCCAAAUCCCUCUCCGGCGUCCUCCCUUCCGAUCUCAACUCCCUCUCUCAACUCACUUCGCUCUCUCUUCAACGCAACUCCUUCACUGGCCCCAUUCCUUCCUUCGCCAAUCUCUCUUUUCUCCAAUCUCUCUAUCUUGACAACAACAAUUUCUCCUCUGUUCCUCCCGCCGCCUUCCAAGGCCUCACGAGCUUGCAGAUUCUGAGCCUAUCCCAGAAUCUUAACCUUGCCCCCUGGUCCAUUCCCACUGAUUUGACUCAGGCUUCUAAUUUGGUUAGUUUCUACGCUGCAAAUGCCAACAUCGUUGGCUCCUUGCCCGAUUUCUUCGAUUCGUUUUCUACUCUGCAGGAGCUUCGUCUUUCUUACAACAAUCUUACUGGGGUUUUGCCCAAAUCUCUCGGUGGAUCUGGGAUUAAGAGCUUGUGGAUGAACAAUCAGGUAAUGGGGUUGUCGGGUUCUAUUCAUUUGUUGUCGUCUAUGACUCAAUUAACUCAGGUUUGGCUUCAUAAGAACCAAUUUACUGGCCAAAUUCCUGACCUCACCAAAUGUGAGGGUUUAUUUGAUCUUCAACUUCGUGAUAAUCAAUUUACUGGGAUUGUUCCUCUGUCGCUUAUGCACCUUCCUAGCUUGUUGAAUGUUAGUUUAGAUAACAAUAAGCUUCAAGGGCCAUUGCCUGUGUUUGAUUCAAGAGUACAGGCGAGUUUUAGUAGUGUGAAUAGGUUCUGUAAGACAACACCUGGGCAAUGCAAUGCUCAGGUUUCUGUGCUUCUUGAGGUCGCUGGGGCUUUCGGGUACCCAAUUUCGCUGGCGGAUGCUUGGGAAGGGGAUGAUGCUUGCCAGAAUUGGAGAUUUGUGGUUUGUACUGAUGGGAAGGUUACUACAAUUAACAUUGGGAAGCAACAUUUUGUGGGGAUGAUCUCUCCUGCAUUUGCCAAUUUGACGAGCUUAAAGAAUUUGUAUUUGAAUGACAAUAACUUAACCGGUGAGAUUCCAGCGAGUUUGACGACGUUGGCACAGCUUCAGACACUCGACGUUUCGAACAACAAUUUGAGCGGACAAAUCCCCAAGUUUGCUGCAUCAGUUAAGUUGAACACGAAGGGUAAUCCCCUGAUUGGAACAAGUUUGACCCCUGGAGGACAUGAUGGUGGGAAGAUUGAUUCCAAUGGCACAACCGUAGAUAACCCUUCUUCUGGAUCUUCCAAUGGAUCCUCUGUUUCAGCUGGUGUGAUUGUCGGUGUUGUCAUCGCUGGUCUUGUUUUUAUUGCUGUCUUAUUGUUUGUUGUCUUCAAAUGUUAUGUAAGCAAUAGGCAUAAGAUGUUUGAGAAAGUGAACAAUCCUGAGAAUGGGAAGGAGAUUGUGAAUGGCUUGAAUGGUUAUGCUGGAGUUCCAAGUGAGCUGCAAAGCCAGAGUAGUGAGGAUUUCAGCAACAACAUCCAUUCGUUCGACGGCGGGAACGUAGCGAUAUCGAUACAUCUUCUAAGACAAGUAACUAACAAUUUUAGCGAGGAUAACGUGUUGGGUAGGGGAGGAUUCGGAGUCGUUUACAAAGGAGAGUUGCAUGAUGGUACCAUAAUUGCUGUGAAAAGAAUGGAGUCUGGUGCAAUGGGUACUAAAGGAAUGAAUGAGUUUCAAGCUGAAAUUGGUGUGCUUACUAAAGUAAGACAUAGACAUUUGGUUGGUCUGUUGGGUUAUUGCAUUAAUGGCAAUGAGAGGCUGUUGGUGUAUGAGUUCAUGCCGGAAGGGACAUUGACACAACAUUUAUUUGAUUGGGAAGAGAAUGGCUAUGCGCCACUUACUUGGAAACAAAGAAUUACAAUUGCUUUAGAUGUGGCAAGAGGAGUUGAAUAUCUCCAUAGCUUAGCUCAACAAAGCUUCAUUCAUAGAGAUUUAAAGCCUUCUAAUAUUCUUCUUGGCCAUGACAUGAGAGCUAAGGUUGCUGAUUUUGGUUUGGUUAGGAAUGCACCCGACGGGAAGUACUCCGUCGAGACACGUUUAGCUGGAACGUUCGGCUAUCUUGCUCCUGAAUAUGCAGCGACGGGAAGAGUGACGACGAAAGUGGAUGUGUAUGCAUUUGGAGUAGUAUUGAUGGAGAUCAUCAGCGGUCGAAAAGCGCUGGAUGACACGAUGCCGGACGAGCAAUCUCAUUUGGUGACAUGGUUACGUAGAGUGUUGAUCAACAAAGAAAACAUCCCAAAGGCGAUUGAUCAAACGCUGAACCCUGAUGAGGAGACAAUGGAGAGUAUAUACAAGGUGUUGGAGCUGGCAGGACACUGCACAGCUCGUGAGCCUCACCAAAGACCCGACAUGGGCCACGCCGUUAACAUCCUUGGCCCUCUCGUGGACCAAUGGAGGCCUACGAGCCAUCAUGAAGAAGAAACAGAGGGGAUGGAUGUGGGCAUGAACAUGAGCCUUCCCCAAGCUCUUCAAAGAUGGCAAGCCAAUCAAGGAACAUCAACCAUGUUCAAUGACCUUUCUUACUCACAGACCCAUUCCAGCAUUCCUUCAAAACCUUCGGGAUUUGCAGACACCUUUGACUCCAUGGAUGCCAGAUGACCAAGAACAAACCAAAAGGAUUCUCAACCGUUCUUCAUUUCUCUCUUUUAUUUGCUUCAUUCUUUUAUUAAUGGACCAUUUGAAUUUGUUAUUCCAUUCCAUUUAUUCGAAUGAUAAAGGUCUUUCAUAUCCAUAACUUAA